UACCAUCAGGAUGCCCGAAGUAAACACAGAUCACCUGGAUGAGCAGCAGGUGCAGCUCUUGGCAGAGAUGUGCAUCCUUAUUGAUGAAAACGAUAAUAAGAUUGGAGCGGAUACCAAGAAGAACUGUCACCUGAAUGAAAACAUUGACAAAGGUUUAUUGCACCGAGCUUUCAGUGUUUUCUUAUUUAAUACAGAAAAUAAACUGUUGCUGCAGCAAAGGUCAAAUGCAAAAAUUACAUUUCCAGAUUGUUUUACCAACACUUGUUGCAGUCAUCCUCUAAGCCAUCCACUGGAACUGGAAGAAAAUAAUGCCAUUGGUGUUCGGAGAGCAGCACAGAGACGACUGAAAGCAGAAUUAGGAAUUCCCAUGGAGCAGGUAACACCAGAAGAAAUCUCCUAUCUGACGAGAAUUCACUACAAGGCCAAGUCUGAUGGGAUCUGGGGUGAACAUGAGAUAGACUACAUCCUAUUUGUACGGAAGGAUGUAACGCUGAAUCCCGACCCUAAUGAGAUCCAAAGCUACUGCUACGUGACACAGAAAGAACUGAAACAGCUCUUGGACAAAGCCUCCAAGAAUGAGGUUAAGAUUACUCCAUGGUUUAAACUAAUUGCAGAGACCUUUCUUUUUAAGUGGUGGGAUAACUUACCUAACUUGAACAAAUUUGUUGAUCAUGAAAAAAUACACAGAAUGUAAAUGGCUGGGGGGGAAAAAGAUGCUGAAGGCUAGCGGUGAUGUGCUGUCUCAUUAACGCUAUGGUAACUCGUGACUAUGGAGUGCAGAAAAGUGAUCCACCUGGAGCAUGUUUAACAGAUAACUUUAUACAGA